AUGUCGCUCGGCCACAACGCCUGGCCUCCAGGCAAUAUCCGGCCUCCAGAUGAUCUCCAGGACUCUCCGCGCCCUGUCAAUGGCUUAGUAAAGACAUUAUCUGGUUCUCGAACUCCCCAAAUACGCGGUUCUGUCAGCGCCGAAGGGCCGGUCCCCGGCAGCUUGACCUCCGAACCCGAUACCGCGCCGGAAGAAGAUCCACGCAUUGCCCAAUUCCGUGACUUGUAUCGCCGCAGUGAAGCGAAAAUAAGUGCGCUCUUCUCUGGACAAGAUGUUGCUGAUGUCCUUGCCGGCGCAACGGCUGGGGAAGCUCUGGAGGCCCCCAACGCUCAACCCGAACGCGUCGACGAUGCGCCACCCCCUUCCGCGCCACCACGCAAGUCAGCCCGAAAGCUCGACGAUGAUGACUACGAUGACUACGACGACGACGACGAAGAUGAGGAAAUGGUUGACGCCGAAUCCCCUUCGAAAUCCAAACCCGCUGCCUCUCAAGACCCCACACCACCGGCCCACCGCCCCAGCACGUCGGCAUCCACAAGCGCAGAUGGUGCAAAGGAGCCUAAGAAGGAGACAAUGGAGGAAAUUCGGAAGCAGCUUGAGGAUGACAAGAAGGCGACGGAGGAGGCUGCCCGGCGGAGUUUCCACACACUUUUCUACACCCUGGAGAAUGACCGUGAUGCUAUGCUCGAUCAACAACGCCUGGAAGAGUCAGAGCGUCAGGUCGAAGCAGAGAUAUCCGGCCAGGCCAACAUUGGAGGGACCAAUGCCUCGGCUGGCUCUAGUGGCUAUAGCUCCUUGAGCAAUACCAACCUCGGCGCUUCCAGUCUGACCUUGAAGAACCUCAUCGCCCGAAUUGACAAGAAACGCGACAAGGUUCAAGCCUCCGAUGCCGAGCUACGAAGUUUACUGAGUGAAGUACGCAAAAACCGCAGCAAGUGGGCAAACGAAGACAAGGUUGGCCAAGAGGAACUUUAUGAAGCUGCAGAAAAGGUCCUCAGUGAGCUCAAGGCUAUGACGGAGCAUUCUACCGCGUUUUUGACUCGUGUCAACAAACGUGAUGCGCCGGACUAUCACAUAAUCAUCAAGCACCCGAUGGAUCUGGGAUCAAUGACCAAGAAGUUGAAGGGCCUGCAAUAUAAAUCCAAGCAAGACUUUGUGGAUGACCUCACCCUCAUAUGGGCUAACUGUUUGAAAUACAAUACCAACGCCGAACACCCUUUGCGGAAACAUGCGCUCUAUAUGCGAAAAGAGACUGAGAAGCUUGUUCCCCUCAUUCCAGACAUCGUCAUCAGAGAUCGAGCCGAAGUGGAGGCCGAGGAACGUCGACUUCAAAUGGCAGACCUCGAUGGUGCUGAGGAGAGCGACGAUGAGCCCAUCAUGUCCUCGCGAGGUAGGAAGGCCCCUGGUAAAAAGUCUUCCAAAAAAGGCACCGCCCCUUCUCGCAAUACCCCCAGCGGUUCCGAGGGCCCACCUGGGGUACCCAGUACUCAGCCACCUGCACCGGUGCGUGCUGACUCGGAUGCUGCCGCCGAGGCAAGUCAGAAUGGUUUCGGCACACCACCUCCUGGAUCACACACCCCAUCUGACCCUGCUGGCCCGGGAGCAGUGGCGGCGAGCCAAGAUGAUUCCAUGGAACUCGAUGGCCCAAUUGCAUCCGCUACUGCCCUCAGUGCCCUUUCGGUGCCUGGCGUGGAGCUGGAAGAUCCGGAGUACAAAGUAUGGAAGCAAGUCACCAAGAGAGAUCGAGCACGGAUUGCUGCGGAGCGACAUCGUCUCUUGAGGGGCGACAGGCUCAACAUUGAGGAGCCGGCCCUGCUUCGAACUAAGGCUGGCAUGCGCCGAUGGCUUCGACACCAAAAACAAGCUACUGUUGAAGCUGACAAGUCUCGUGACACGGGCUCUCAGCUUGAACCAGAGGCCGCAGGCGAGUCUCUUGCGGAAGGGAUUGAGGUGGAAGAAGACCAGAUGCUUCCAUUUUACUAUGACGUGAUGUCUGGCGUUCCUGAUCUUCCCGAGCAACUAGUCUGGAAGGAAGAUGCACAGGGCAAUGUUGUUGAUGCCUCAGAGCAGUUCCUCAGGAUCCUUCCAAAGGGCGAAUUCGUUCAGCCGGACAGCAAAUUGACCCAGAGAAUGAAUGCCAACAUGCGACAGAUGCAAGAAACACGCAAGAUUUGCUCCAAAAUAGGCAUUGUCAAGCAGAUGCAGCUUCAGGCCCAGAUGUACCACAACCAAUUCCAAAAAUAUAACCCUGAGCCAUUUGUGGAACAAGAUGCAGAACCUCAUGUGUUGAACGACAAUGGUCCUGUCAUUGCCCCUUACGUCUGCCGGGCAGCCUUGCAGCGCUCAGUGGCUAAGAUCUUCUACCAUACUGGGUUUGAGGAAUACCAACCAUCUGCAAUCGAGUCUGUCACAGACGUCGCAGUCGACUUCUUCCACAAGCUCGGUUCAACUCUCAAGUCUUAUAUGGAAACACCCCAGGUUCCUGCGACUGAGUCUCAAGAUGCAUUGUCGGCUGCUGAGUGGAAACCUGCCUACACAGAACCUGAAAUUAUUCUACACACCCUGGCUUCAGUUGGCAUCUCUGUUGAUGAGUUGGAGAAUUACAUCAAGGACGACGUGGAACGCCUGGGUACGAAGCUCACAACUGCUCACGAUCGCCUCAAGUCUCUCUUGACCGAAUUGCUUCGACCUGCUCUCGCAGAGGGUGGCGAAGAUGGUUCCACUGCGUUUGCUGAUGGCAGCGAACAAUUCGUCGGUGGUGAUUUCGCCGAAGAUAUCGAUGAGGACUUCUUUGGUUUCAAGGAACUGGGCCUGGACCGCGAGUUCGGUCUUUCUACCCUCAGUGUGCCAUUACAUUUGCUUCAAAACCGCAUGUUCAAUGCAGCCAAUCCACAGAGCACCAGUGUUUCCCAGGCUGUCACUCUAUUCCCUGCCCCUCCUCCAUAUGCGCGCAUCUCCGCAGAGAACCUGUCCGAUCAAGUUGGACUGGUGCAGGCAUUCUUCAGGGGCAAGCUUGAUGCCAACCGUGAUGAGCCCCUUACUGAAGAUCUUGAGCUCCCUCCGAAGCAAAGGCCCAUGGCUGCGAAACCACGCCUUCCUGCUUCUGGCAAGAUCCCCCAGGCUGGCCUGUCAGGCCCUCACACCAGCCCACAAAAACGGGCAGCUCCGCCUCAUGCAUCCAAGGCUGGCGGUACCGAACCAAGCAAGAAAAAGGUCAAGAAAAACAGUGGCACAGCCUUGGAUAUGCCUAACCCCAUUGGCGAUGGUGAUGGCGACCAAAAUGCUGGGGAUGCUGCGGUCUCCAACCAAGAUGGAAUUGGUCUGCCUGAUGGCACUGGUGAGACCAUGACCAAUGGAACGUGA